AUGUCUUCUUCUUCCAUUUCUGCUUGUGAAAUUUCAAGCUCCAAACUUCCAUGGAAGCAUCGUUUGUUGCUUCGAAUCGGUACUAUAAUCACCGACGCUUGUUGUCGAUCCGAUUUCACUGUCAACCGUUGGCUCUCCGGAACCCUCGACUGGAAAAUCCCCCCUUCUACCAAACCAAUCGACGGCGUCUCCUCUUUCGAUCUCACCAUCGACACUUCCCGCAACCUCUGGGUUCGAAUCUUCAAUCCCAUUAUUGACGAUGAAGAUUCAAAUCUUCAAUCUCUGCCGUUGAUUUUCUAUUUCCACGGUGGCGGCUUCGCUUUCUCUUACGCCGAUUCAGCUCUCUCCCACACUUCCGCUCACCGAUUCGCCAAACAAUUACCCGCCGUUGUAAUCUCCGUCAACUACCGCCUCGCUCCGGAAUUCCGGUACCCAUGUCAAUACGACGAUGGAUUCGACGCUUUGAAAUUCAUCGACGAAGUGGGGGAGGAAAUCCUUCCGGCAAAGGCGGAUCUAAGCCGUUGCUUCAUUUUGGGGGAAAGCGCCGGAGGGAAUCUCGGGCACCACGUGGCAGUGAGAGCGAGUGAGUACACGUUGAAGAAGGUGAGAUUGGUUGGGUUCAUAGCGUCGCAGCCGUUUUUCGGCGGAGAGGAGAGAACGGAGUCGGAGAUUCGGUUGCGUAAUCAGCGACCGUUGAAUCUGAGGCUUUCGGAUUGGUUUUGGAAGGCGUUUUUGCCGGAGGGGGAAGAUCGAGAUCACGCGGCGGCGAACGUGUUUGGACCGAAGGGAAGGGAUGUUAGGGAGGUGAUGAAGUUUCCGGCGACGUUGGUUUUGGUGGGAGAAUUGGAUCUGUUGCAAGAUGGGCAGAGGAGGUAUUACGAAGGGUUGAAGAGAAUGGGGAAAGAAGUGAAAAUGGUGGAAUUUGAGAACGCCAUUCAUGGGUUCUUUGCGUUUUGGGAUCUGCCUCAAUAUUCUUCCAUGAUUAAGGAGAUGAAGGAUUUUAUUGCCACACACACUCAAAACUCCAUUGUUUUUGCUUCUUCUUCCUCAACGAAGAAAUAG